AUGAGAGUCUCUAGACGAUGGCACAUGGACUUUGCGGUACCCUUCUGGCACACUGUUGAUUUCGACAAUGACGAGUCGUUCGCCAAGGUUCCGCCAGAGGUUGUUUUCAAAUACGGCCACCUCAUCCGUAACGUCGUCAAUAUCGCCAAGGAGGAGUAUAUCCUAUUCCUCCAGAAUCCCAAUAUCGACUUCGUCCAGCAACUCCAGUUCCUCGCCACCAAGAGCAAAUUCUCUCUGGUCCUUUUUUACGACCUCGUUCGCUACUACCGAAACUCGUUGACGACCCUCCGUGUCUCGGGCGAGUUGGUUCGUAUGGCAGCCUUUGACGAGAAGCUUAUAACCGGAGUCUACUUGUCGUUGGAUGCGAUCGCUCCUGGUUGUACCCUGACGAAGCUGACCCUUGCGGAGUCGCGGCACGUCAUCAAGUUUAUUCGAAUGGCAUUGCUUCCUGGAGCGAAAUCUCUUUUGAUGCAUUUCCCAUCCCUUGAGACAUGGGAAAUGCUUAACUCCCCUGUCGAGUCUCAGGGAACACUGAGGAGGCUGAAGGCCAGCUUGUCGGUAAGAUGCCCCCGUCUGAAGGCAGUGCAGUUUACCACGACUGAACAAGACCGUGUCGCCAGCUACCUCGACAAUGUCUUCCAUGGGCUGGAGAGGGUCACGUUCGGCUAUGCCGCCUUGAACCAGACUGUUCUUCUGGGUCUUCUCGAGCACCAAGCGACACUUACAUCGAUCAUUCUCGUCCCAUCAACCGCGAGGAUCGAGCCAUCCACCUCUGACGAAGUCCCCACUUCCCAAAAGAUAAUUCGCCUGGUCUUGAAGUCUUGCGCUUGUCUCGAAAUCCUCUCAGUUGAAGGCCACCAGAUGAAUGUUGACCUCUUGGAGGACGAGAUCGUAGCGUGUAUGGACCUGCAGGAACUUCGAGUGCGUUUCUAUGGACUAGGAACCGCAGUGUUGGUGGAUGAAUGUCUUGAAACCUUAUCGGCAAGGAAGCGGGAUAUCGCAGGAGUUGUGGACGCACCAGGCAAAAAUGGGGCGCUGAUUGGCGGGCGCGUCUGUUAUCAGCUUAUGCAGUUCAAGAAGCUGAAGACGGUUUGGCUAGGCACUCGGGAAUACUACCUUCCCACACAAUAG